GUCCGUUUUUAAACUGACAGUUUCAAACUACUAGAUUUCCUAUUCGGUUAAUAAAGCACGAUUUUAGUAGGUCUUAAUUAUAAAGAUUAUUCGAAGUUUACUACGCUCAAUUCUGUCUUGCAAUCGACAAGAAAAAGGAUUUAAGCUGUGGGUGCUGAUUCGUCCGGAGUUGAUGUGACAUUUAAGUGUAAAAUCCGGAGCCAAGACGUAUUCAACUCAACUCUCCGGUUUAGAUUGCAAACUUGAAACGUGUCUGGAUUAUUAACGCGUCAAUCACAGACGGCUCACGUGGCUUCAAUAGUGAAUGUUAUAAUUGUCCUUAUCGGUACACUUGUUCGGAGAUUUAAAGAAUUGACGCCAAAGUUACUUCUUCUAAGCUGUAGUAAAUGACGUAACGUAUUCUUAUAUCAACAAACUAUAAUUGAUCAAAACAUUUUAACGAAGAUAUACUAUUGAAAUCAUCAUUUAAAUUAAGGGGAUUAACAUAUGUACCUGUUUAAAUCGACAGUUAUAAACCACUAGUUUUACAAGUCAGUUGAUCCAAUGCGAUUUAAUGUCCUCUAGUGUAUAGCUUAUUCGAAGUUUACUACGCUCACUUCGGUCUUUCGAUCGAGAAGAACAAAGAUUUAAGUUGUGGCUGCUGAUUCGUCUAGAGUUUGUGUGGCAUAAGUAUAAAAUCCGGAUUCAAAGACGUGUUCAACGCAACUCUCCGGUUUAGAUGCUUUGGAAUUAUUGCAAAUGGAGAAGUGUCCGGAUAAUAGACGGGUCAGUCGAAGGCGCCUUACGCUGGCUUUAAUAGUGGAUGUUAUACUUUUUCUUAUAGUGGGAAUCCCGGUUCUUUACUUGUUCCUUCAUGGCCAGCCCUUUAUCAGGGGCUUCCAUUGUGAUGACCCCUCCAUCUCCCUCCCCUACCGACCCGACACCAUAAGUACACCUGUACUUAUCUUCACCGGCUUCGGGACUUCUAUCUUCUGUGUCGUUAUCGUGGAGGUUUUAAACGCCAUCAACAGGAAGUGCCUACGCGCAUGUCCCACGCGCGAAGAUUUCUGGUUCAUUGUUAAGGGCUACUCGGUGUUCGUCGUCGGGUUCGUGAUUCAAGAACUGUUUGCCGAAUUUGUGAAGAGACAGCUUGGAUUCUUGAGGCCCAACUUCAUGGACGUGUGUCGUCCGCAGUUCAACAGAUCACUAUGUCCCGCCUACAUUACUGAGUACACGUGCAGCGGAAGCGACCACGACGCCGACGAGAUUCGUGACAGCCGACAGUCAUUUCCAUCCGGGCAUUCAGCGUUCUCCAUGUACAUCGCAGUUUUCUACUGUUUUUACAUACAGAGACGACUCCACAUCAGUUUCUCACGAAUUCUGAAGUUCUUCCUGCAAGCUGCUCUAGUCUUCACUGCAUCCAUAUGCGGCCUGAGUCGUAUCAAGGACCACAAACACCACGCAUCUGACGUCAUCGUCGGAUUUAUCGUCGGGGCAGCAGUUGCCGUCUUUGUGUAUAAGCUUCUGGCGGAAAACCUGCUUUCCACAUCUUUAGAGGAUGACGUCAGCAAAUCAUCCAUGUCAACAUCGACAGUGUCACAUGACUUAUUUUGCACAUGCGCAACACCACCAUCUUCAAAUGUCGAAUCUCAUACGCCUGCCCCAUUACUACGAAACGAGUACUUUAAUGACGUCCCAAACACUCUCGACAAAGGCAAGCAUACGUCGUUAAAACUUAAAAUGAGUUCUCCCGUUCGUCGGCCUUUGUCAACACCAGUAACUUUAUCAUCUCAUCAAGAACUGGUUUGAAUUUACACA